AUGGCCUCGCUAAAAAGAUCAGUAAUACCCGCUGUUUUGGCUCAAUUGCUAUUGCAAUUCGACAGACCCUCGGCUGUUAGCAAUAGUUCACUGCUUUCGAAUACCACCCAUCGUCAUAUACGUCCAAUAGUCUCGACGAGGGGUAACUAUGAAGAUAACGCUGCGGUAGUUGGUGUUGUAGGUUUGCUUUUGAAAACUAUACCCGUUCAAACGGAACUUAGCAAACUGGCCUCGAAGUUACGUAUGAAAAUCGCUAAACGUACGGACACUCGGGUUGGCAUUAUGAACAAAUUGGUCCAAGGCAUACAGAACAAAGGCAAUCGUAAGCGAUACAAAUGUGAAGGCUCUUUAAUCAGUGCCAGUUAUGUUAUCAUUGUUUCACAUUGCGUUAGUGGUCGUUUAUCACUUUUAAAAUGGCAUUUAACCGACGUUCGUUUUGGUGAAUGGAAUUCUGAGGAAAAUUCUGAUUGUAAAAAUGGAAAGAAUGCGAAUACUUCAUGUGCUUCGAGCCAUAUAAAUGUGGCAAUUGAAUAUGCUGUACCACAUUCCCUGUAUAGUUUAAAAGCCAAGAACCAACUACACGAUAUCGUUCUUAUACGGCUGGCUGAGGUCAUACAUUUUACAGAUUUUAUAAAGCCGACAUGUUUGCCUUUAAAUAAAGAAGAACGAAUAAUCGACUUUAAGAGCUUGAUUACGGAAGAAGCUGGAUGGAAUCUCAAUUUUACUAAAAUCAAGGUCCCAUUACAAGGUGUUGCUUCCCUUAACUAUCAUCGCAUGUAUAUGAAGCGUAACAUUAGAUAA